CAUGUCGAAUUGUUUUGCUAGCCAACGGGAUUGAUGAGACGAAACCAAUGAUUUUGAAAGUCUCGGAAAACAUACCCGUGUCAUCUAAUUCCUCGUGUUCCGACCAAUCAGGAUCUUACCCUUGCUGUGACCAAAGCUACGAACUGCUCUUCUUCAUCCCUGUAGCUUCGCAAGCAACCCCCCCAACCCCAUCACAGGACUCUGGGGUGACGAUACUGCACUUGGCAGAUUCUCUGGAGUUCUACGGCAUCACCUAUGUUGGCGAGAAUCACAAUGCGGUGGAGCAAUACGAACAGCUUCGUGGAUACCUCAACGCGCAGGGCAAGACAUACUUUGAAGACUGGUACUUUAUUGCAGCUUAUGACAAACCAACGGACCCUCAGCCUCAUCGGAAUGAAAUCAUGGUUCUUAUCUAGAAACCCAGAAGGAAUUAUAAUAAUGAGGGCACCGAUAACCCGAACGACAGCCCAAGAAAACCAAUGAGAUCGCAGUGGGCGUGGUGGUCGUCAAAGACCACACCGAUCUCAUUCCGUUUUGAGCUGGUCGACAAACGACUCCGACCAAGAUUUUAAUGAUUUUAUGUCAUUUCAUUUCAUUUCUUUCGUCACAUAUGAUAAGAUUGGCUAAAGAAUACAAAAUAAGAACAACUCGAUGGGAAGCACUCGUUUUUUUUUUCUUCACAUUUCCAAGGUGUAUAAUCAUAGUAGUUUGCUAUCUUAAUUUAUUAUGAGAUAAAAUACAGUGUUUUGCUUUUUAAGUAGUUUUGAAAUACAUCAUAUUAUAAACCAUUUCCAAGGCAUAUAAUCAUAAAGCAGUUUGCUAUCUUUAUCUAUUAUGAUAUAAAAUACAUUACUUUGCUUUUUAACUAGUGUUAAAAAAAAAUCAUAUUAUUAACCGUGUCAGACAUCUGAGCAAGGCAAUUUUCAAGUUUUUAUUGAUAAGCCAACAAAACUACGGGCGAAAGAAAUAUUAUUAAAUAAUAAUACACAGUUAACCAAUGAACAAAUAUUUUUGCCCGAUCAGAAAAGUCAACGCAAAAUGCGUGUUAAACUAGCGGGCAAUAAUGUAGAUCCAACAUCCAGGUAUUUGUAACUUUCAUUGCGCAUUUAUUAAUUGCUUAAUUCAGGGCAAUACGGCUUCUCAUAUCCAUACAGUUGUAUAUCACCCUCACCUUCGGUUCUGGCGAUUAUGUCGUAUUGCCCUGGAGGCAGUCAAUAUUAUUUAUUUAUUAUCCCAGUAAUAUGACGUAUCAUAAUCAGCAUGAUCAGGGAACCAUAUUUUCCGGCAUUGUCCAUUUCAGCCGUUUUGUGGUGUCCCAUUACCAUAUACAUGUAGUUUUGUUAUACCCUGUAAAUAUAUUAUUUUCAGAAAUAGUAACAAAUUCAUUCAUUCGUUCGUUUUUCCGAAAGUUAAAUUUGCCAAAUGCUCAUGAUAAUCCGUAGGUUCAUCAUCAUAAUUAUGGUUAUUCCUAAACCCAAAUUUCCCAUACCAGGGGGUCAUAAUUCCGAAAAAAUGAAAUAGGGUUUCAUACAUUUUGUUGCGUUAUUCCGAAGUUUCGUUUAUUCCAAAAGUGAAAUAGGGUUCAUUAUUCCGAAUGUCUAUACUUUCAAAAAUGAUAAUAUAAGUACUGUAUAUCUGUUUGAGAUAUAGUGUUUACGUGUAAUAUAUAAACAUGACGUAAUCGUAAUGUCGUUCUCUUUGAUAUAGUUUUUCUCGGAUUGGUAUUGGAAUUUGUUUGGGCCUAUUGAUUAAUAAAUACUUCUAC